AUGUCUGAUGACGAUUUCAACUACAGUUACUACUAUUACGCAGAUUUUAAUGGAACUGAAAAAAUAGACAUAACCUUAAAUACUUCCUCAUGGCUGAGUCUUGUUCGUAUUGUUUUUGUUAUCUUACUACGUGUUGGUUUCGUCCUCAUACACAUUGGUAGCGUACCAAUCAACAAUGUCAACUUGAUUCUGUUGCAAAAUAUCAUUGAUUUUUGCUGGGUAACGAUAGUCUACGCGCUUGUUGGCGUUGUCAUCGCCUACACAGGCGAUAUACGAGGUUUGCUGGGCGGAGGAUACUGGAUCGGUGAUGAAAUCGUCGAUAAGGAUGAAAUCAUAAUUGGUUGGUCGGCCGUGGUAAUUGCUGCUGCAAUUCUCACUUCUGGGAUCGUGGGUCGGACACACACCGUCGGUUAUCUUGUCGUGGGAUUCUUGUUGGCUGGAUUGAUGCAACCAUUUUUAAUUCACUGGAUUUGGACUCCACAAGGAUGGAUGCGAACGAACGUAUUACAAGAGCGAAAAGUGCAUUUCCACGAUUGCAGCGGUUCUGUAAUUGUCCACCUUACCGGUGGAUUAUCAGGAUUGAUAGGUUGCAUGAUACUUGGACGAAGAAUACUUCGUCUGGAUGCUAUAGAUGCCGCGAGCAUCGCGAUUGGCUCCGCGGGAACAGUUUUCGCUGGUCAAUUAUUCGUGUUCAUUGGUCUGCAGAGUCUCGGUAUAUCGAACGUGCAAGUGCAAAAAUUCAAAGUGAAUAGUAAAAGAGAGUAUAAUGUCUUUAUAAAUAAUUUAUUGGCCGGAUGUUCGUGCAGUCUGCUCGUCGUGGCUUUCCAUUUUUUGUUACCCCGAGAAGAAUUUAAUCACUGGACUGUAAUGAGAUGUGUGCAAGCUACUGUAGCCGGGCUGGUGAUAAUAUCUGCUGGAACGGAUAUUUACUCUCCGCAGGUGGCAAUCAGCGUGGCCACGACUGGAAGCGUCAUUUUUUACGUGGUCUCAAGGCAAGUAUUUAGAAGUGCGCUUGAAGAUUAUUGUAACAUUAUAGCUAUUCACCUGGCCUGUGCUUUUUGGGGGAGUCUCCUCGUCGCUUUUUUUCGCAUUGACGCACAAGACGACAUAAAGGCAAUUUUAUUAAACAUAUCUUGGCAACUGAUCUGUUUAAUCACAGUAAUUGCAUUUGUUGCAAUCGUUAUGUUCCUUGCCUUCGGUAUUCUGCAAUAUACCGGUUUAUUGAGAAACAGAUCGGAAUAUUUGAAUCACUUGAGAGCGAAUGUAGCCGAAGGUAGAGCCGGAAGGAAGUCAUUCCUAGAAAGGUUGUUCCAUAUAGAUAGAGAUGCCGUUUAUCUUCAACCAGGAACGAGUUUGAACGACUGAAGCUGCUACAUAAUAACAGGGGGUUUCACAGGCCAGGUGAGUUUCAAGAGCUUAAAAAAUGGUUAAUUUAUGUAGAACGAACUUUUGUAUCAAUUGAUCCAAUUAUACAUAUAUAUCGAUUGGAGCAAGAAAAAAAGAGAGAAUUUUAUUUUAUGUAAUAGAAGUGUUGGAAUAUAUAAAAAUGAGAGAAAAGUUAUGGAACAUUCGAUAUCGAAGAUUUUUGACUUUUGUUUUAUUAGAACUUACGGACUAUUCAUACAGUUAUUACAGUAUUUUACAAUAGAAUAAUUUUAAGUUAAAUAAUUCAAGAUUCUUAUUAAAG